CACAUCCAACGCAUCCACCACUGAGGUGUUGCUCUCUUCCUCUCAUUCUUAUCUCCUCCUCUCCUCCAUAUUGUGUCUUGUCGCCUGUAAUACAUACAUCCGCAUCCAACCUCCACUGAGUGCUCUCCCCUGCCAGCUCACUCCCAGAGACCUUGACGACCGCGGAGGGUCGCAGUGAAAAACUAGCUAUCAAGAACCAUUCAGAGCUGACCGCUGACUCGGACGUAACUUCUUCUCACCUUUCUUGCUGUUCUGCUCACCUUGUUAAUCUGCUGGUUUGCUUGCCACAGUAGAUUAUAGUUUCUUCUUCUUCCACACUGGGAGCAGUGAGCCUCUGGUGGGCCGUCGCAGCUUCCGCUUCCUUGUCCCCUCCGACGAGGGUGCCCCCGCUCUGUUCUGCUCUGCCGUGAAGCACCAAAGUUUUUCAGCUGAUUGGUCAUGGAGGUGGUCACGGGUGCCAUGGGCAGCCUGCUCCCCAAGCUGGGCCAACUGCUCAUGGAUGAGUACAACUUGCACAAGCGCGUCAAGAAAGACGUCCGCUUUCUCUCCAUGGAGCUUGAGAGCAUGCACGCAGCCCUCAUCAAGGUUGGAGAGGUGCCGCGGGACCAGCUCGAUAGGCAAGUCAAGCUCUGGGCCGACGAGGUCAGAGACCUCUCCUACAACAUGGAGGAUGUCGUCGACAAGUUCCUCGUACGCAUCGACGGCGACGGCAUUCAGCAGCCCCAUGACAACUCCGGCAGAUUCAAGGAGCUCAAGAACAAGAUGAUCGGCUUGUUCAAGAAAGGCAAGAAUCACCAUCGGAUAGCUGACACCGUCAAGGAAAUCAAGGAGCAACUUCAGGAGGUGGCUGCUAGGCGUGACAGGAACAAGGUAGUUGUUCCUAAUCCUACGGAACCAAUUACUAUCGAUCCUUGUCUUCGAGCUUUGUACGCAGAAGCAACAGAGCUAGUUGGCAUCUAUGGGAAGAGGGAUCAGGAGCUCAUGAGUUUGCUCUCCAUGGAGGGAGAUGAUGCCUCUAACAAGAGACUGAAGAAGGUCUCCAUUGUUGGAUUUGGAGGGUUGGGCAAGACCACUCUUGCUAGAGCAGUAUACGACAAGAUUAAAGGUGAUUUCGAUUGUCGGGCAUUUGUUCCCGUCGGUCAGAACCCUGAUAUGAAGAAGGUUUUAAGGGAUAUCCUCAUUGAUCUCGGCAACCCUCACUCAGAUCUUGCGAUGCUGGAUGCCAAUCAGCUUAUUAAAAAGCUUCAAGAAUUCCUAGAGAACAAAAGGUAUCUCGUCAUAAUUGACGAUAUAUGGGAUGAAAAAUUGUGGGGAGGCAUCAACUUUGCUUUCUCCAACAGGAAUAAUCUAGGCAGUCGGCUAAUCACCACAACCCGCAUUGUCAGUGUCUCCAAUUCAUGUUGCUCGUCAGCCGAUGAUUCAAUUUAUAAAAUGGAACCACUUUCUACCGAUGACUCCAGAAGGCUCUUCUACAAAAGAAUAUUUCCCAAUGAUAGUGGAUGUCCAAAUGAAUUUGAACAAGUGUCUAAAGAUAUAUUGAAGAAAUGUGGUGGGGUACCACUAACCAUCAUUACUAUUGCUAGUGCUUUGGCCAGUGGCCAGAAGAUGAAACCAAAGCAUGAGAGGGAUAUUCUGCUCCAGUCCAUUGGCUCUGGACUAACAGAAGAUAACAGUCUAGAGGAGAUGCGUAGAAUACUAUCUUUCAGCUAUUAUAAUCUACCCUCUCAUCUGAAAACUUGUCUACUGUACCUAUGUAUAUAUCCAGAAGAUAGCAUGAUUGCUAGAGAUAGACUCAUAUGGAAGUGGGUGGCUGAAGGAUUUGUCCACCAUGGAAAGCAAGGGACCAGCCUAUUUUUGGUCGGAUUAAACUACUUCAACCAGCUCAUUAAUAGAAGUAUGAUCCAGCCAAUAUAUGAUGAUCUAGGCCAGGUACAUGCUUGCCGUGUACAUGAUAUGGUUCUUGACCUUAUCUGCAACUUGUCACAUGAAGCAAAGUUUGCUAAGUUAUUGGAUGGUACUGGGGAUAGCAUGUCUUCACAAGGCAAUGUUCGUCGUUUGUCCCUUCAAGAUAGAAAUAAAGAUCAUCAAGGCACGCCUCUCAGAAAUUUCACAGGUAUAUCACUAGUGAGGUCCAUUACUAUCUUUACAUCUGCUAUUAAUAUCAUGCCAGCCCUGUCAAGGUUUGAAGUUCUGCGGGUACUUGAUUUGUCGGGCUGUAAUCUGGGAAAAAGUAGCAGCCUCCAACUUAACCUCAAGGGUGUUGGACACUUAGUUCACCUGAGGUACCUUGGUCUAGCACGUACUGGAAUCAGGGAACUCUCGGCUGAGAUAGGAAACCUGCAGUUUUUGGAGGUGUUGGAUCUUGGAGACAAUUAUGAGCUAGAUGAAUUGCCGCCCGCUGUUUUUAAAUUGAAAAGAUUAAUCUACCUAAAUGUUUGUCUCUCUAAGGUGGUUCCAACUCCUGGUGUGUUGCAGAAUCUGACAUCCAUUGAAGUGUUGAGGGGGUUCUGGGUCUCUCUGAACAUUAUUGCACAAGAGCUUGGCAACCUGGCAAAGCUGAGGGAGCUUCAUAUUUGCUUCAAGGAUGGUAGUUUGGAUUUGUAUGAAGGUUUUGUAAAGUCCCUGUGCAACCUACAUCACAUCGAAAGCCUAAUUGUUAGUUGCAAUUCUAGAGAAACAUCUUUUGAACUGAUGGAUCUCUUGGGAGAACGCUGGGUGCCUCCUGUACAUCUCCGCGAAUUUGUGUCAUACAAGCCCAGCCAACUCUCUGCACUGCGAGGGUGGAUAAAGAGAGACCCCUCGCAUCUCUCGAACCUCUCCGAGUUAAUCCUCACGUCAGUGAAGGAAGUGCAGCAGGAGGACGUGGAAAUCAUUGGGGGGUUGCUGUCCCUUCGAUGUCUCGCGAUAAAGACCACCCACCAAACACAACGGCUGCUAGUCAUCUGUGCGAAUGGGUUCCGUUGUGUGGUAUACUUUGAGUUGGAUUGUGGAUCCGCAGCGCAGAUAAUUUUUGAAUCAGGAGCUUUGCCGAGGGCGGAAGUAGUUAGGUUCAGCCUGGGCAUGCGGGUGGCGAAAGAGGAUGGUAACCGUGGUUUCGACUUGGGCCUGCAGGGGAACCUGCUCUCCCUUCGGCGGGAUGUCUGCGUUUAUAUGUAUUGCGGUGGAGCGAGGGUUGGGGAGGCCAAGGAAGCGGAAGCUGCGGUGAGGCACGCCCUCGACGCCCAUCCCAACCAUCCCCCGAUUGAAAUUUACAUGUUCCCGGAUAUAGCAAAAGAUGCUCAUGAUGACGAUUUGUGUGAGGACGAGGAGAACUGAUUUCUGAUCCAGAGCGACUCACAUUAUAUCUGAUGUGCUCCCAGGUCAUCAACCUCCGGAAGCUCCUGAAUGCGGGCACUCAUCCGCCUCCCCGUCGAGGCCGGGUCCGGGAUCCCGCCAAAAGCAACGACCUCUUCCCUAGUAACCCCUCGCGGUGAAACCCGCGAAGGGUCAACCAAGGAAACCGGAGGAGGCGAUCGCGGGCUCCCAUGCCCCUUUCUGAGAUAAUCUGAAUCAUGGAGGUGGUGUGGUAUAGGAAAGUGUCUUUUUUGCUGUAGAAAGUAGCCAGUGGAUCAUAUCUUCCUUAAGUGUUUGGUGGCUUGUUAUAUCUGCCUUUUGUUUUGAUAUAGUCCUGUUAGCAUGGAGGGAUAUUUGUGAUUGGGUGAUGAAUUUCAGGGGUAAAGAGAGGAAUCUGGUUUCUGCUACGGCGGCACCAGUUAUUUGGUCUAUUUAAAAAAGAGGAAUGAUAAUUGAUUGAAAAAUAUUUUUCUUAUGGAUCCCAGUUGCGUAGGUUGCGAAGGUGCAUAUUGGAAGUUUCUGGCUUACAGAGAAAAGAAUUGCACGAUGUGCAGGUAGCAGGGUUUUGGGGUUACUGCUGGUGGAAUCGGAGAUGCAAGUUUCACAGACGUUUUGGGUGGGCGCUGACCGUGAAAAGAAUUGAAGGAGGAAAAGGUUUCGAGCUUCAGUGGAAAUUGUGUGAUCGAUGAGCUUCUUUUAAAUGGCAGUCGCUUGCAGAAAGAGAUAUUGGUUUGUUUUGUAAUGAAUAAGGGUGUUGGAGUGAAUUGAUUCCUUACAAGGAUAGCUCGCUUUACUUCAGUUUUGCUGCUCUGUUUCGCAUGUUGUCACAUGGGAGGGCUAGCCCAUGGCAUGCUGGUGUUUUCUGUUUUUAAGCUGAACCAGACAAACUUGAGGUUGUAUUAUCAGUUUUGUUGUGUUUUUUUUUUCUUUUAAGCUGAACCGGACAAGCCUGAGGUUGCAUUAUCAAUGUCGUGAUGAAUGAAAUGGGGGGUUCACCUGAGCUCCUUGAUUCGAAUAAAA